AUGGCGGCGGGGACGAGUCACGCGCAGACGCUGGCCCAGCUACCGAAUACAGCACUGGCGCUUUCACGGAUCCUCGAGCGAGGGCGACGCAAGCUAGAGACGAUGGACCGGUACUUGCCGCCUCCUACAUCUCACAUACCACCGCCGGUGGCCCCAGUGAGCAGGAAGUCGUCCGGGUAUCAGCAAGGCACCCUCCACGAUCGGUACCCGUCCAUGCGUCUCAUCGCCAAACACGCCAACCAGCAAACGUGGCGAGUGCGUCUCUGGCUCGUCUUGCAAGACCCGUCGUCGUCGCGGCUCGCGCGGGUUGUCUCCACCGUGCUUAUCGUCGCGGUCGUUCUCGCCACGUGCGUCUUUUUGCUUCAAACCGAACCUUCGUUCGAGCCGUAUGCCUCCACCUUGUCUUAUCUCGAGACCUUGUGCGUCGCUCUCUUUACAAUCGACGUCCUCGUGCGGUUUCUGUGUGUGCCUCACCUCGGCGAAUUCGCGCGCGAUGUGUUCAACUGGAUUGACGUCGCGUCAGUGGUGCCAUUUUACCUCGAAGCUUUUCUUGCGAAUCGGCCCAUGGCGUCGCUCUCGUCGCUUCGGGCACUCCGGCUGCUCCGCGUCGCGCGCAUCUUUAAGCUCUCACGCUACACGAGCUCGAUUCAAAUGUUUCUUCAUGCGAUUCGAGAGAGCUCGCAAGCCCUUUUCAUCCUCUUGUUUCUCGUGUCCAUCACCAUGCUCUUCUUUUCAAGCGCCCUCUAUUACGCCAACGCCGUUGAUGAAGCAGGUUGCAUUCCCGCCAUCCACAGCGUCCUGUGCUCGCCGCUCCGAGAACCGGCGCCACCAGCGCCGUGUUGCCACCCGACGCCGUUCUAUAGUAUUGCCGCCGCUUUGUGGUGGUGCAUCGCCACCAUGACGACUGUCGGGUACGGCGAUGACGUGCCGGCGACGCCACCUGCACAAGCGAUCGCAUCUGUCGCGCUUCUGGCUGGCAUUCUCAUCCUGUCGCUUCCGACGAGCGUUAUUGGCAGCAACUUUCAGCGCCUCUUUCGCGCGGCACACACUCAAGUCAGCGACGAGCGGUGGGUCGAGCAGCGUACUACCGACCAACCGUGCUCACAGACCAAAGUGGAGCGCAUGCAGUCCCUUCUCCUCGCGUUCCGUUGGAGCAAUCCCGACCGCCACGUCAUCGAGUACAGUGACUUGCUCUCCAUCUAUGACGAGAAGGAUAAAGGCCACUUAUCGGACAGCGACAUGGACACGUUUCGGCACGAUUUAGAGCGUCUUGACGCCAUCAACUUGGUCGAGCACACCAAACGAGCAACGCGAUCGGACGUGAAAAAGGAACCGCGACUGGAGACGCACGCACGCCGCGAUCGUUUUCUCGCGACCGCAGACGAGACGAUCCAGUACCGCUUGCUAGAAUCCGAGGCGCUCUUGGAGAGCAAACUCCGGCACAUUAUCCAGCGCAUUGUGGCGCUCGAUCAAAAGCUACAUGUCCUUAGCGAAGACGUCGAGUAAGUCGCAUUUACAAUCCAACUAUUCAACUAUCCA